AUCAAACACACCCGGUCGGUUCCCUAGUUACGUUUCUCGGUCAAAACAAUAAAAACUGAAACCUGUGUUGUCACUGCGAGGGUCAAAAUUAGUUUUACUCCUGGAAAUGCUUCCUGGUCUGCUAGUUAGAUAAUUAUGCUUCAUAAAAGCUCCCGACCCGGUUACAAGAGAGUGAUCAAAAAUACGGCUAAAAUACUGAUUGCAGUCGAAGCGGUCGCCUUUGGUGUCACAUACGCAGGCUGGUACCGACUCAACACAAGCAGAGAUCUCCGACAUUACGUAAAGGAAAAUUAUCCAGUAAUUUUGGAAAGCUACUACCAGGUGGGCGAGUUCCUCGGCGGAGACACGUCGAUUAGGACCCACGACGAACAAAUUUGGUCCCAGGAACGUGCAAAGAGUGUUGCUGGUGAAUCCAAACCAUGAAUGUUUACAUCAAAUCCGUAGUAUAUCUA